AUGAAAUGGGGCUUACUUUUGAUUUUUAUUCACUUUCAUGCACUAUUCGGACUUGAUAUUAAACCGGGUGAUGGGACUGUGACGAGCAGGGACAAUAAUUGGAAUUCGAGCUAUAUCCAGAAGAAAGUUGGAGAAAGUGUGCUUCUACGAUGCUCCAAAAAUUUACCAUGGAUCAUGACCACCAAAACUACCAAUGCGAAUCUCGAGGGUUUUGAUUUCUCAGACUUACAAAAUAGAACCGAAUUUAAAGGGCCAUUAAUGUACAUUUAUGAUCUGAAAGCUUCCGAUACUGGAAUAAAUGUAAGCGAAAAAGUGAUCAUCGCCGGAGUUGACAAAUUGCUUACAUCGAAGGGUGAGGCGCUAAGAUGCACUUCGAUGUCGGAAUUCUUCGAUCCUCGUCGCGGCUUUGACAUUUCCUUGUUUUCUUCCCGACUCGAUUGGAGUAAAUUUAACAAUAAACGCUUUCGGUGUGAAUAUGGAAACGAGGUUGCGGAGGUUUUCGUUCAGGCAAUUCAAAGCAUCGACAUCAACCUCACCAAAAUCGAUAGUCCUUUCAAAGUGACUUGCUCGUGGGAAAGCCAGCCGAGUCUAGAUUUCAAUGUUGAAAGAUCUGGGUUAUGGCUGAGUUGUCCCAAGUGUGAGGCAAAAAAGAAUGGGCAUGUUGUUAAUCGAAUAAUUGAAUGGCUACAAGAUGCAAGAGCCAAGCGAGAGAUGGCCAAAUUUUGGGACCCUUCAAAGGGCGAUGCAUCCCAAUUCUGCCAUUGGAUUCAGCAGUUAGGAGAAGAAAGAAAUUCGAGCGCUCAAAUGCCGUUCUUCCGUGAAAUACUGUAUACAACAAAGAUCACAAACCAGUUUGCCGCAGCUUCAACAAUCGUGGUAAUCGUUAUUAUGUCGCUCUUGCUUUUCCUCGGCAUCGGUUUUGCCGUUUCUUGUCGGAAAAUGAGGAGAGCCCCAAACAACGCUGAAACGGUAGAACUUUCCCAAGCGGUAAGCUCUUUCCCUCAACGCCACAUCGGGCACGGGACUUUUGGAGACGUUUUUGAACUGAUUGGAUAUGAUCCACCAGCUGUGAUAAAGAAUGCUUUGGAUUAUUUUUUCAAGGAGCACAUCAUACAUCGGGAUAUCAAACCGGAGAACAUCUUUGUGACAUCAAGUUUCGUUUUGAAGUUUGGUGAUUUUGGAUUGGCAAAGCAUAUUGAGCAGACGUGUACGGGCUCCGCAAAGGGCACAGAACGAUAUAUGAGUCCCCUGAAAUAUGGAAGGAGUCACGAAUUGCAAGACUCUCAUCGAAAUGACGUCUACAGUCUGGGACUUGUUUUGUGGGAGAUUGUUGAAAGAAAGCUUGUUUUCUCCGAGUAUGGCCAGCAUGGAGACUUCAGUCGAGAAGGUUUCAAUUAUGACAUCAUCCAGAACCGAUUGACACAACUUGUUGCUGCAAAUUGUCAAGGGGAAAUUCAAGGUGUGAUCAAGAGGUGUACGGAUUUUGAUCGUAAUGUUCGGCCGAGAGCCAUGGAGGUUCUCGAGGAGUUGCGGAACAGUGAGCCCGAUUCAUUCAUUGCCACUUUGGAUUUUUUGCCAAUCGAAGAAAACGAUGAAACAAUACUUUUCCAUCCGAUCGGCUUUGACGGAACACACAAUAGGAUUCCAGUCCAGUCUUCCGGUUUUGACGAUCUCCUCCCAAAUCACCCA